UCUCAUUCGAUCACUACAAGCUAUAUCCUCUGACCUGCUCACCAUUUCCUUUCCUUGUUUCUCUCUGGAUACAGCCGGACUGUCCAGGUAAUACCUCAGAAUCCGUGAUAACCAGCGAUCUGCGUGGUGACUGCUGUAUUGUUUCCGAACCGGCUCCUCACUGGACUGCCCGUCACGCAAACCAAACAGCUCAGCUCAACAAAGCUAGAGAGAAUCCCUACCAUAAACCCCAAAUCAUAUCAGCCUGUCAUGGCCAGCGCGCAACCUCUCUACAGCCACGGCGACAUCCGUGACGAUGAAUCCAUCCUGGACGACGACCUGAUCGAGUCCGACGAGGCAAUCGAAGCCGAUGACCCCCUUCACGAUACCACAGACCGGACCCCGCUCCGCGGCAACAUUCAAGGCGAAGCGUCCUCAUCCAACGGCUCCCGCGGCGGCGGUGGUGUCAGUGCCAACCUCGCGGGGAACUACCUCACCUCGUCGAUUCCCGGUGAGGACCGGCGCGCCACGCAAAGCACCAUCGACGAGACCGUCUGGGAGACCGUGUCGCGGGACCUGCGCGCCGUCUGGGAGAAGAUGCGCCAGGUGCUGUGGCCUAAGUACCUGAUCGGGGGCAUGCUGCAACGUGGGGGUGGUGGGCUGGCGGCUGCUGAGCGCGGCGAGGCCUCUGGGUUUGGUGGUGGGAUGCGCAAUCUGGUCGGGAGGUGGCCUGAUGCCGAUGUUGUCUUGCAGGGCGGCAUGAGUGAAGGGUUGAGGGAUUGGGAUCUUUGGGGUCCGUUGAUCUUCUGCCUUUUGCUGAGUAUGUUUCUGUCGAUGCGCGCCCAGGGCGAACAGUCCUCGUUGGUGUUUUCGGGGGUGUUUUCGAUUGUGUGGAUUGGGGAGGCGGUCGUUACGUUGCAGAUUAAAUUGCUGGGUGGGAAUAUUUCCUUCUUCCAGUCGGUCUGUAUCAUCGGAUAUACGCUGUUCCCGUUGGUCAUUGCUGCUCUCCUCAGUGCCUUGGGUCUGCCGACCAUUGCGCGCAUACCGGUCUACUUGGUGCUGGUGGCUUGGUCCCUGGCGGCCGGCGUGAGUAUUCUGGGUGGAUCCGGGGUGGUGCGCAAUCGGGUCGGCAUCGCAGUGUACCCGUUGUUUGUGUUCUAUGUGGCUAUCGGAUGUCUCUGUUUCAUCAGCUGAAAGGGUCGAAUUGAGUAUGUGGUGGUAUGGGGAGUUGUGAUGCUGGCUGAGACCGGAGGAACUAGAGCCAGGAAUAGAGAAAGAGGGCGGUGGAUGUCUGUCUGAUCAAUUCUAGUUGAGACCAGUGGUCGAACUGUCCUGUGGUUCAUAGUAGCGUUUCGUAUUUGAUUGUUGUUUCACAGCCAAGC